UGGCACAUUCAGGCCUUACUGGGCCAUACUGGGAGGGGCGGGGGGGAGCUGACCUCAGUGUGGGCCACGUGUGCCCCUGGGGACAAAGUCUGUCGUCCCCCCCCGGGGUCAUCGCCUGGUGGCAGCUCCUGGACACCUGGGUCCACAGCAUGGAGGACGUGAAGGAGUUUUUGGCCCGGGCGAAGGAGGAUUUUCUCAAAAAAUGGGAGAACCCAGCCCAGAACACAGCCAGCCUGGAGCAGUUCGAGCGCAUCCGCACGCUGGGGACGGGCUCCUUCGGGCGCGUCAUGCUGGUGCGGCACAGGGACACGGGCCACCACUACGCCAUGAAGAUCCUCGAUAAGCAGAAGGUGGUGAAGCUGAAGCAGAUCGAGCACACGCUGAAUGAGAAGCGGAUCCUGCAGGCUGUCACCUUCCCCUUCCUCGUCCGCCUCGAAUACUCCUUCAAGGACAACUCCAACCUGUACAUGGUGAUGGAGUACAUCCCGGGGGGGGAGAUGUUCUCCCACCUCCGCCGCAUCGGCCGCUUCAGUGAGCCCCACGCCCGAUUCUACGCGGCCCAAAUCGUGCUGACCUUUGAGUACCUGCACGCGCUCGACCUCAUCUACCGCGACCUGAAACCUGAGAACCUGCUCAUCGACCAGCAGGGCUACAUUGAG